AUGAGUUUGGACAAAUACACAACAAAGAAUGACGGGAUUUUUAAUAGGAAAAACAGUACAGAUGAUUUGUCAGAUCAAGAUGAUAUCAAAACAGAAUCAAAAUGGCAAAGAUUUAUUAAAUUUAUUGAAGUUCAACCAAUGGGAGAUUUAAGUGCUUCACAAAUGUUCUUGUACAAUUAUGAUUUAAAACCUGAUGAAAAGGCAAGAAGAACUUGGAGAUGGUAUAAUUUAAAAAUCUUUAUAAGUUCCUACUAUUAG